AUGAAGUUCACCAUCUUCGCCGCCGGCAUCCUGUCGGCCGUUGCCGUCAGCGCCGCGCCCGUGCCAGACCCCGUCGCUGAGCCCCUGCCCAUGCCCAGUCCCUCCGGCAUCCCGAGCGCCGCAACGGCCAAGACACAGCUCGCGGCCCUCACCGUGAAGGCGUCUGUCAGCGGCGAUGACUACGACCGGGAUCUGUUCCCGACAUGGAUCACAAUCUCGGGUACCUGCGACACGCGUGAGUACGUGCUCAAGCGAGACGCCACCAGCAUCACCGUCGACAGUGCCUGCAAGGCGACCGCCGGCAAGUGGACAAGCCCGUAUGAUGGCGCAUCCUGGACGGCCGCGAGCGACCUGGAUAUUGACCACAUGGUCCCACUGAAGAAUGCCUGGAUUUCUGGUGCCAACGCGUGGACCACGGCCAAACGCCAGCAGUUUGCCAAUGAUGUGACACGGCCACAGCUGUGGGCUGUGACGGACAACGUCAACCAGUCCAAGAGUGACAAAAGCCCGGACCAGUGGAAGCCGCCGCUGUCCAGCUUCUAUUGCGUCUAUGCCCGCGCCUGGGUCCAGGUGAAGUCGUACUGGGAGCUGAGCAUCACGAGCGCCGAGAAGUCGGCCCUCACAAGCAUGUUGAACACGUGCUAA